AUGGCUUCCCUCGCAACCUCGAUGCUUCCCCAGCCCAGAUGCUGCCAACCCAUUCUCUCCAUCGGUCACCAGUCUUCGAUCAUCGGUCCUCAGGUCCGCCCAAUACCACCAGCCAUGCUGCCUGCCGCCCUCUCAGCGCCCAACCGCCGACUCGUGUACGGCCCCAUUGAUUCUUUCUCUUAUGCCCAGUGGCAUGUAGUCGGACCAAGUCGGGUUCUUGCAGGGCACCAAUCGCACCGACGCCAUCAUUGCGGCACACAACCUAUGUACACAUCUCCUCGGGCUAGACUGGGCUACUGCACCUCUCAGACACUGACCUCGGGAGGAGCCAUGCCAUCCCGUCCCAUCCCAUAUCGGCGUCGGCCCAACCUCCGCCCACCUUACCAACUCCCUCUCACCGGAAUUUUCGCCCGAACACUCCAUUCGGCGGUUACAUUAGAUGGCACAGCAAGUCGUUCCACGGAAGACGCUUUGCUGACAUGA